AUGUCUCUCCAGCCGCCACAUGAUGAUAUCUCUGUGGGAGACGUCUUCACCCCGCAAGCCGACAGUGGGCAACCUUCUAUCGACCUUCCGACCAAUCACCAUGGCGCGGACGUCCACAUGGGUGACCGACUUUCGCCGCGCAAACAGAUGGCCAACUAUGGGGCCAACGGAGACAACGCGAUGCAGCCUCCGGUGUUCCACCCGAACCUGCUGACGGGAAAGCAGCGCCGGAAGAAAAAGAAGAAGCAGAAUAAUGAGGCGGACCAGGCUCUUUCCACCGUACGCGGCUUCACGCCUUUAGCCUCGGCUGACGAGGACUCAGACUUUUCGACUACUAGCUCCCGUGCUGCGGAUUCGCGCCCAACAACGUCUCUUGGAGGCGGGAGCCCACUGGCACAGCCGGCUACUGGUCAUGGGGUGAGCGCAUUGAAGCUCCAAUUUGAUUCGCUCAGUCUUGCCGGUAAACCCUCCGCGGGUAGCAGCGGCCUAUGCUCCGAGACUCCCAGCAACGCGAGUGUUCAAUCCGACAGUGACCAGACCGAAGUUCUGACUAGCUACGAAGUUCCCUUGGAUCAAGAUUUUGUCAGCCCGGAUGUUGCGACAGGAGGAUCUUCUGGUACAAGCCCGGAGGCUGCUACCAAUGGCAUGGACUUGCGAAGCCAGCUCUGCCGCAAGAUGACUGCAGAUGACUUUGAGCCUCUUCUCUGCCUUGGCAAAGGCUCUUUUGGAACUGUGUUACUGGUCCGCCAUGUUGUUACGGGCAAACUGUAUGCGCAAAAGCAGUUCCGAAAAGCGUCGAUCACCGUCCACAAGAAGUUGGUGGAGCAGACCAAGACGGAGCGCAUGGUGUUGGAGAGUGUCAACCGACACCCAUUCGUUGUCAAGCUGUUCUAUGCUUUCCAGGACCACGAGAAGCUGUAUCUCAUUCUAGAGUAUGCUCAGGGUGGAGAGUUAUUCACCCAUCUUGCGAUGGAACGCAUGUUCGAGGAAGAUGCGGCAGCCUUCUACAUGGCAGAGAUGGUUCUUGCCCUGGAGCAUCUGCACCAGAACGUUGGCGUCCUGUACCGUGACCUCAAGCCCGAAAACUGCCUUCUCGACACACAGGGCCACCUGCUGCUAACCGACUUUGGGCUCAGCAAGAUCGCCGUCAGCGAUGACGAUCGCUGCAACUCGUCCCUCGGCACGAUCGAGUACAUGGCCCCCGAAGUCGUCCAAGGCAAGCCGUACGGCAAAGCUUGUGACUGGUGGUCACUCGGCGCAUUGGGCUAUGAUCUUCUCACAGGCUCGCCACCCUUCCGCGCAAACAAUCACACCAAGCUACAGGAGAAAAUCGUCAAGCAGAAGCUCGUCCUGCCUUACUUCCUCGGCCCCGAUGCUAAAGACCUUCUCAUCCGCCUGUUGCGCAAAGAUCCUACCAAGCGUCUCGGCUACCACAUGCCCAAGGAUCUGCAGACUAUCAAGAAACACCGCUUCUUCCGCAAAAUCGACUGGGCUGCUCUCGAGCGCCGCGAGCUCGACCCGCCGAUUCAACCCGUGGUCACCGACCCGGCCCUCGCCGAGAACUUCUCUCUUGACUUCACCAACCUACCACUCAGUCCUCCUUUAACUAGCAUUGACGAUUUCUACACGGGCCAUUCGCCUUCUUCUCGACACGGUCGUGGCUUGUCGGUCGAUGAUGGGAACCCCUUUGGCGGAUUCAGUUUCGUGGCGUCGAGCAGCUUGCUGGACCAUGGACUCGACGCUACGACAGGGGCAUACUAG